AUGCGAUCAGUCUCCAUCGCCCUCGCUGCCCUAAUUGGCGCUGCUGCCGCCAACCCUGUAGUUGAGUGGCCUCGCAACUACAAUGAGUACGGCCACCCCUACUACCCGACCGGUGUCUCUUCCUCGUCGUCCGCUUCUUCGACUUCCUCGUACACACCGUCGUCUUCCUCAUCAUACAUCCAUCCAUCAUCUUCAUCUUCUUCGCUCUACCCAUCCUCCUCUUCAUCUUCCGUCUAUUCCUCCUCGUCAUUGUCAACGAAGUCACAUUCAAGCUCAGGCACUGGCUAUGUUCCUAGCUCGACCAAAGGGGAUGACCACACCUAUCCGCCUAUCUCCACGGGUGUGAGCUCUUCAAAGCCCCCUCAUCCACCAAUUUCGACCGGUGUGACGACUGAGACGGAGGUUAUUACCACCUACACCACUGAGACGAUCUGCCCAGUAACGAAGACCUAUGGGACUCAAGUUGUGACGACGCUGACAACUUCGACCAUUACCAUCACUUCUUGCAAGAAGGGAUGCCACCACCAGCCAACUUCAACUCCUGUUGUUCCUCCUAACCCAACCGGGCCGAUCACCAUUCCCACAACCAUCACCACGACCACCUACACUUUCGUGCCUUGCUCCACUUCUGUAGGCCACAAUGGUCCAACGGUAAUUUACUCCACAUAUCUUACCUCGUCCGCCAUCACCAAGACCUACACCACUGAUGUCGUUGUCUACCCUACUCUUCCUCCUCAGCCACCAGUCGUCACUCCAGUCACUCUUCCCGCCAGCUGCCCGGCUCCAGUAACUGUUUACAACACCGUAACCGUCACCGUCGCACCCCAGCCAUGCCACGAGUGCUCUGUCAAAACUUACACAAUCACUGAGGGCGGAUCAACCACCUGCAUCACGGUCACCGACUACCCAACCGUCGUCCCCAGCUCAAGCAUCAAGCCAACACAUCCACACAGCUCUAAGCCCAUCUCCACCGGAGCUAGCGGAUCUUCCAGCAUCCCUUACUCCACUGGUUCAGUCCCAUACCCUACCCAUGGCCACUCCAGCGUUCCCUACAGCUCCUCGCGUACUGGACCUAAGCCCACUGGGUACACCUAUAACUAUGGGUACUAA